ACGGAGGUAGGGGCGGCAAUAGGAGAAAGUCACCCUCCCUCGUGGCGUCUAUAAGUGCCCCUUCCGGUCCUUGGUCAGCUCCCACCCAGCUCUCGUGCGGCGCCGCAAAGAAGAUGGAGCGAAGAGGUCUCCUUUGUCUCUGUUCUUUUAUCGCCCUUCUCUGCCUCUCCUCCGCCGAAGUCUUCUUUGAGGAGCGCUUCGAUGAUGGAUGGGAGGAUCGCUGGGUGAAAUCUGAUUGGAAAAAAGAUGAGAACAUGGCUGGAGAUUGGAACCACACAUCUGGAAAAUGGAGUGGCGAUCCAAAUGAUAAGGGUAUCCAGACUUAUCCAGAUUAUAGGUUUUUUGCCAUCUCUGCAAAAUUUCCAGAGCUUAAUAACAAGGACAAAACACUGGUUUUCCAAUUUUCGGUAAAGCAUGAGCAAAAGCUUGAUUGUGGUGGUGGAUAUAUGAAGUUGCUUAGUGGUGAGGUUGAUCAAAAAAAGUUUGGAGGGGAAACACCUUAUAGCAUAAUGUUUGGACCAGAUAUCUGCGGUUACACCACGAAGAAAGUCCAUGCUAUACUGACUCAUAAUGGAAAAAACCACUUGAUAAAAAAGGAUAUUCCUUGCGAAACAGAUCAGCUAACCCAUGUUUACACUUUCAUCAUUCGUCCUGAUAAUACAUACAGCAUACUGAUCGACAAUAAUGAGAAACAAUCUGGGAGCCUUUACUCUGACUGGGACCUACUUCCCCCAAAGGAAAUUAAGGACCCUGAAGCCAAGAAGCCAGAAGAUUGGGAUGAUGUGGAAUAUAUACCAGACCCUGAGGACCAAAAACCUGAGGGUUAUGAUGAUAUCCCAAAAGAAAUUCCAGAUCCCGAUGCCAAGAAGCCAGAGGACUGGGAUGAUGAGGAAGAUGGUGAAUGGACUGCCCCAACCAUUCCAAAUCCUGAGUACAAGGGUCCAUGGAAACAGAAGGUACACAGCAUGGAAAGAAUACUUUCAUUGAUCAAGUUUCGUUCUCUAGGAUUUUUUUACUACUUUCUGUCACAUGUUUUGCAGAAAAUCAAGAACCCUAACUAUAAGGGCAAGUGGAAGGCACCAAUAAUUGCCAAUCCAGAUUUCAAAGAUGAUCCUGACCUCUAUGUUUUCCCCCAUCUGAAAUAUGUGGCAGUUGAAUUAUGGCAGGUCAAAACGGGAACCUUGUUUGACAACAUUCUGAUCUGUGAUGACCCUGAAUAUGCAAAGAAGUUUGCAGAGGAAACAUGGGGAACACACAAAGAUGCUGAAAAGGCAGCUUUUGAUGAAGCAGAGAAGAACAAAGAAGAGGAGGAGGAAGCUGAUAAGAGUGACAUUGAUGAAUCUGAUGAUGAGAAAGAGGAUGAUGCUGAUGAUAGUGCUGAGGAAGACGAAGAUGAUGCAAGCCUGCAUGAUGAACUUUAAGAGCAGCUGACAUCCGGAGGCUUAAGUUUUUUCUCUUUUUUGUGUUUUGCGCAGCAAGAGUUCUAAUUAGCUAUCAUUAGAGGAGUCUGAUUUUGUCAUCACUUAUCUUGUGAUAGAUGUGCUGCCAGUCAAUGAACUGAUUUGUUUAGAUUAGUCAUAUACUUUGUAAGUUCUAAAAGCUGAAUUUUUGUUCUGUACUCUCCCACUAUUACGACCUGUUAGAUGUAUUUCAGGAAACCAUACCUGUUCAUUUAAUGAAUGCUUCUUUAAAUGAUACCCCA